CGAGCAGAAACUAACGAGGCUUGUUUACUUUUGGACGUCCGGGGGAUGGAAUUCUGGUAACCGAUUGACCACAAACCAACUGGAGUAGUGCCUGUUAAGUGUAGAUUCGUGGAGCAAGAUGGAGGUUCCAGACGCUGACAGGAAGGAGGUUCGCCGACCAAUGAAUGCGUUCCUCAUUUUCUGUAAACGGCAUCGUACGAUGGUACGGGAAAAGAACCCUCACCUUGACAACCGAAGCGUGACACGGAUCCUUGGUGACCUCUGGGCUAACCUUCAGGAGGAAGAAAAGUCGCAGUACACAGAUCUGGCUAAACAGUACAAGGACGCCUUCAUGAAGGCUAACCCAGACUACAAGUGGCACAACCCGGACCGAUUAACUCAUUGUCAGACCGGUAAACCCAUCACCCGACCAUCAAACAUUCGCCUGGGCAGAGACGAGAGUGAGCUCCCCCUGGAGGGAUCAAUUACACCGGGGAAAUUGGCAGAUCCUAGUAAUAUGGGUGGCCUGAGUAACCUUUUGGUGGAUAAAUCAGCAUUCAUCGACGGUCACAAGAUAACUAAGUCAGCCGCGACUGCUCCGUCCUCUGUCGCAUCCCUCAUGGAUUUAGCUAUGAUGUGCAGCUCUGAGCUCAGCGAUGAUCAGAUGAUGUCCGAUCACCAUGGAAACAGUGAUGACCCUAGCAACAGAGUCCUUGACCUCACCACCAAGAGAAAAACUAGUGUUGAUAGUGAGAAAGUGAGAAAUGUGGACAGUUCAGGUGAUUCCAGUGAUGCUGAGAGAGGCUGGAAUAACAACCGAGAACAUGUCUCCAGAGAUGACAAACUGCCGGGUAGUGACGGGAGUAACAGCCAAUCGUCUGGGCAGACUAUGGUGGACAACAUCAUAGAUAAGUUGUACACAGAUAAUGUACAGCAGAGUGACAUUGUGAGUACAGGAACACGUAUAGCCGAGUCAUCAGGGCUCGUGUCAUCCCCCGAGAUGACCGCCUUAUCAGGGACCAGACUUAAAGAUCCAACCAAACACCUUUCUGGUCUCCCUUCCUUCCUCACUAAAAGAUCCGACCAUGAUGAGUUGAUGAGGGGAGACGGUGGUUUUAGUGGACGAAAGAGAUGCUAUUCAGAAACAAGUGUUGAUAUCUAUGCAGAGAGUAGGAAGUUACCUGGAAUACUGAUGGGUAGCAACGGUACAGGGGAAACCUACGACCAAUCAAUGGAGAGAGAGUUUGGGGAGGGUGAUGCGACAGAGGACGCGCUACAUCCGGUCCGGAAGUCGAAAAGACGGAAUCGGGGACAGCGAUAUCAGGAGCUCAUCAACGAGGGGAUAAUCCAACCCUCGAAGGAAAGAAUGGCUGUGAUCAAAGUGGAGACGGAGAACAGCCGCAAUGAACAGGACAGUAGUGAAGAGGAAAUGGCUCCCAGACCUCUUGGUGAUCUUGGCUUUGAUGUCCUGUCAGUGUACCCAAGGCAGAUUCGCAAGCGAACAUGUUCAGAGUCGGAGAAAACACGCUCGCUUCAUGAAGACAUGCAGCGAUACAAAACUGGGGAUUUUGACCUUGAGGCUCACAUCGCCACACUACCGGCCUGUUCCCUGGAGAAGAUGUCACGGAACUCCAAACGUCCAGCUGGGAAAGUCCGCUCAAUGAGUGAAAGCUGUGGAAGACCUAGCAAUGUCUUGGAACCCGCCUCAGAUUCCCCAACCAUCACCUCGACCUCAACUCCAGCUGAUGUUCCUGAGGUGGUGUUAACAGUCCCACCUCACCUCAAACCUAACAAACAGGCAGAACCUGUCACGGGAAGUCAGCGUCGUAAGGCACGCAAACACUCCGUCACUCACCUACAGAUUGUCAGGCCCCAACCCAGUAUACAAGAAAAGACAAAGUAUGAAGAAACAAAAGUAGAGAAGAAAACUGAAGCAAGUCCACCACAUGCUGCCCCUGAGAACAGUCCAAGUCCACCACAUACUGCCCCUGAGAACAGUCCAAAUCCACCACAUACUGCCCCUGAGAACAGUCCAACUCCAAAAUCGAACGUCGAUUCAACGCAGGAUGUGAUCAAAUCAGAAAAUACGGAGAUAAAAGUGGAAAGAGAGAAUGUGAGUCAGAGGUCAGAGGUAAAGGUCAGAGAGGGAAUAAGUUCACCGAGUGGCAAUUCUCUGAGUGCGUGCAAUAUGAUAGACAAUAUUCUGGUGUCGCUGGCCGACCAGAAGGAGGAAUCAUCACCAGAUAGUGGGACAAACCGUGAGGAUAGACAAGAUAACUACAGGAAUGAUUCACUACAGGAUUCCUCAGUUACUUCACAGAACAUUGUCAAAGAAACAGGAGUUAUCUCCCUUACAUCAGAAAUAAUUGCCACAAAAACUAACUCCUCUCCACCAACUACCAGCAUUGAUGUUUCCUCUUUACUGACCAAGUCUGAUUCGUCAGAGUGUGAAGGUUUCACUAACAUCAAAACAGCUGACAAAGGAGGUCAGCAUUCUCUAUGCAUUUUACCCACAGAAGCCAAUAAUUCUGUCACACCUGUUAAAACGUUAGAUAGUGCUGCCACCUGUAUCACCCAAACCAGGGGAGAUAGUGCUGCCACCUGUAUCACCCAAACCAAGGGAAAUAACUCUUCACCAUUUGACAAUUCGUCCAUUGAUAAGACAUUACCAGACACCAAAGUAGACAAUAGUGAUGUUUCGUCUGUUCAUGCCUCCAUCACCAUGGGGACCACUAGUGUGCCAGGUGGCUCCUACAUGUCGGACGUGCCGUGUGUCACAGGACAGGAAUAUAAGGUGAAUCCCCCACAGCAAGUGGCUGUUGUCAACUCGUAGUACAGGGAGUCGGGGCCGACUGUGUUCCAAGGAUUCAACUGAAGGAUUGUCAAUGGAAAAGGUUCUUUAUAUAUAAGAUAUUUUCUCUCUAAAUUAAAUUGCUUAAUCAUAUUUACAAAAUGAGUGCAGAAAGUAGAAUUACAUAGCUAGGGCAGUCUGUUAAAGAUGAGUUUAAAUUGUUACAAACCAUGUUUGAUUUGGGCCAAUCAAGGAAUGAAGGUUUUGUGAAUGCUGAGUUAAUACCGUUCCCUGGUGGACCAUCCUUCACAUGUUAUUGUAGGUUUUGGUAAAGGGAGAUAAGUCAUGUAUAACAUACAUAUCACCCUGCCUGUGGUUUUGUUGAUUUCUCAAAAUAAGUUAACGAUUUUGAAAAAAAAUUACCAAGUAUUAUCUCCUGUACAUGUCUUUGUAUGUCAGUCAGUGAUUACAAAGCUGUUAUUUAAUUACAUCUGAAAAUCAUUAACAAUCCAGAGUUCCUUCAGUAAAAACUUCAAAAUGAAGUUUCAUGAUGCCAAAAACAUUUAAACUUUUACAUACUGUAUAGUACAAUAAUUUAAUCACUGUGUAAAUUAACAGCAUCUUUUGUAAAAGAGGGCAAUAAUGUCAUUCUGUUAAAUUCCUCUAGACAGUUUAUUUGACAGUAUUUGCCCUCUACUGGUGAUCGUCCAUAUAUUCACUGUAAAUGUAUAUCCUAGUAUUUUAAAAUGUCGAGCGUGGUAUGUGUGUUUGACUGUAUGUAACUUCCUUAGUUAAGUCUUUCUGUUAUUAACCUGGAAACAUAGGGCAAAUCUAACGCUUCCAUCUCAACAAGUGUGUGUAAAGUACAGGAGUAUGUUUCCGAGGAAACCGCACCCUAUCCAGUCUCAAGAUAUACUCUUUUUAGCAUCAUGAACUAAGUUGUUUUAAUCCUGUUUAAAUGUUUACUUUUUAAGCACUCAUAUUUAUUGAUAUUACAGUAUUUAAUGCUGAAUUUGGCUGGUUAUAUAUAUAAUUAUAUAUAAGGUAAAAGUUGAGUUCCUGAGAAUCUAUGAUUAGUAAAGGUGGCCUGUGUAAGUAAAGCAACUUCUGUAGCAGAUAAACAUAGUAUUUAUAGUAAUGAAUUAAACCAUGGAGAAUUGUAUUGAUCACAUUAUUGGUAGAAUAUUGAAAUUAACACUGCACAAAUAUGACUGUUUCUGGUGGGGUAAACAAUGCUUUGAUAUGGAUGUUGUUUAUAUGAUAAUGAAAUUAAUUAAGAGAUUGUGGAAGUUAAUAUUAUAAAACUUAAAUGAUGAAAUUAACACAAGGAAUCAGAUUUUACUAAUAAUGGUCACGUUUCUACAAUACAACUGUUAUGAUCACUUAUAAUUUCUUCGCUUCGGAAAUGUACUCUGAACUGGUGAAAGCAAAUAUUUCCUGGGUCAGAACGUACAGGGACUGUAGAAAACCCAGUUGGACAGAUGAAUUUAUUUUUAUGAUUAACAAGCAUGUAUUUUUGUGGUACGUUCACAACUUGUUUAGUUAUUGUGAUAUACAUAUAACUUUUUGUUGAUGCAUUUCCAUUCAAUGUUUUGGAAAGUCUUUAAGUGCUAUUUAAUUUAGUUUUACACAAUGCUAUUGUUACAUUGAAUCUGUUGAUUCUGGACCCAGUAUUUAUCAACCUAAAACAUCAUACCUGGUGUAGUUAUUUGUGUGUCCACCUUUUUUAAAUGUGAUUUUUUAUUAGCUCUUUGUUAGUGAUACUGCUUUUUAAUUUCAUUUCAGAGGUUCAAACUGUUUUCAGCUUCUUAGAAUGACACACAUGAAUAUCAACGAUUGUUAUUUUUUCAAGUUAAUAAGAUCGUCACUGUGACCAAUCUGUAGUCACUGUGACCAGUCUGUUGUCACUGUGACCAGUCUGUAGUCACUCUGACCAGUCUGUGGCAACUGUGACCAGUCUGUAGUCACUGUGACCAGUCUGUAGUCACUGUGACCAGUCUGUAGUCACUCUGACCAGUUUUAGCCAAUGUGACCAGUUUGUGGCCUCUGUGACCAGUUUGUAGUCACUGACCAGUCUGUAGUCACCAUGACCAGUCUGUAGUCACUUUGACCAGUCUGAGGCCACUGUGACCCGUCUGUAGUCACUGUGACCAGCCUGUAGUCACUGUGACCAGCCUGUAGUCACUGUGACCAGUUUUAGCCACUGUGACCAGUAUGUAGUCAUUGUGACCAGCCUGUAGUCACUGUGACCAGUCUGUGGCCACUGUGACCAGUAUGUAGUCACUGUGACCAGUCUGUUGUCACUGUGACAAGUCUGUUGUCACUGUGACAAGUCUGUAGUCACUGUGACCAGUCUGUAGUCACUGUGACCAGUCUGUGGCCACUGUGACCAGUCUGUAGUCACUGUGACCAGUCUGUUGUCACUGUGACCAAUCUGUAGUCACUGUGACCAGUCUGUUGUCACUGUGACCAGUCUGUUGUCACUGUGACCAAUCUGUAGUCACUGUGACCAGUCUGUUGUCACUGUGACCAAUCUGUUGUCACUGUGACCAGCCUGUUGUCACUGUGACCAGCCUGUAGUCACUGUGACCAGCCUGUUGUCACUGUGACCAGUCUGUUGUCACUGUGACCAGUAUGUAGUCACUGUGACCAGCCUGUAGUCACUUUCACCAGUCUGUGGCCACUGUGACCAGUCUGUAGUCACUGUGACUAGUUUUAGCAAAUGUGACCAGUGAGUUUGCCAUUUGUAAAUAUUUGAAGCAGAGUAUAUAUACUCAAAGUAAAGCUAAUUUAUAACCUUCCAG